AUGGCGACACAGGAUCCAUCGCAGAUUGCGCAGCUUGUACGCGACCUGGAAGACGCCCGCAAGCAGUCCAAGGGCGAGAAGAAGCGCACCUUCACAUGCAAAAAGACCACCUUCGAUGUCGCGGGCACAAAGGGUGUCACUGUGGACUCGUGGAAGUUUAUGGACUGGGAUUACAAACGGCCUGACCUACCUACAUAUGCCCGAGGCCUGUUCACAGCGCGACGGAAAGACAACAUCCCCGAGAUCGCGGUGCGCGGCUAUGACAAGUUCUUCAACGUGAACGAGACCAACGACACGCAGUGGCACAAUAUUGAGAACAAGACCCGGGGUCCCUAUGAAUUGAGUGUGAAGGAGAAUGGCUGUAUUAUCUUCAUCUCGGGUCUCGAGGAUGACAAAUUGCUGGUCUGCAGCAAGCACUCUACGGGCGUCCGGGCCGAUACCAACAUGAGCCACGCACAGGCCGGUGAAAAAUGGGUAGAACGACAUGUCGCUACAGUCGGAAAAACCUCCAAGGAAUUGGCUCGGACAUUGCGACAGAUGAAUAUCACGGCGGUUGGAGAGCUUUGUGACGACAGCUUCGAGGAGCAUGUCUUGGCCUACGACGAAGCAGCUGCCGGCAUCUACAUUCACGGCCUGAACUACAACCAGCCAGAGUUUGCUACCAUGUCGGGAGACAAGGUACACGAAUUUGCAGAUGCAUGGGGGUUCAAGAAGGCAAAGUAUGUGGUGUACGAUGACAUUGAGUCCGUGAAGAAGUUCCUCGAGGGCUGCGCGGAGAGUGGCACAUGGGACGACCGCGAGACGGAAGGAUUCGUGGUGCGAUGCCAGAUCAGUGACCGCGAUAGCGGUUACAGGGACUGGUUUUUCAAGUACAAGUUCGAGGAGCCAUACUUGAUGUACCGUCAGUGGCGUGAAUGCACCAAGGCGGUUAUCUCCGGGAAGCUGCCAAAGAUCAGAAAGCAUCAGAAGAUCACCGAGGAGUAUCUCCAGUUUGCGCGGAGGGAGUUCAUCAAGAAUCCCAAGCUCAGCCAGGAGUACAACCAUAACCAUGGCAUUAUCUCUCUACGAGAGAAGUUCUUGCAGGAGCGGGGUCUGAAGGGCUCGGAAAUCAUCGCCAUGGGGGAAGAGAACGACAAUGCCAAAAGGGCCAGCAACAAUAUCAUCAUCGCUCCCAUCGCUUCUAUAGGAUGCGGAAAGACAACAGUUGCGCUUGCUUUGGUCCAUCUCUUCGGAUGGGGUCAUAUUCAGAACGAUAAUCUCCCCAAGCAGAAGGGCAAGCCGAAGCAGUUUGCCUUUGAGAUCACCCAGGCCAUGGCGGAGUAUCCCGUCGUGAUCGCAGAUCGCAACAACCACCAGCGACGGGAGCGCAAGCAACUAAUGGAGGAUGUUUUCCCUGUCAUCAACGAUGCUAAUUUUGUUGCCCUCCACUACGUUCACGACCCAAAGCCUGAGCUCCUUCCUGCGAUCAAGGAAAUCACUCGGAAGCGAGUCCUUGAGCGCGGCGACAAUCACCAGACGAUUCGUGCUGGAACCAAGAACCGACAGGAGAUUGUCGGUAUCAUGGACGGAUUCCUGGCUCGCUUUGAGGGCGUCGACGCCGACCGGGACCCGGACAUGCACUUCCAGCAUAUCAUCGACCUCGACGUGUGCGCCUCGUCCCGCGAGAACCUCGAGACCGUGGUAACUGCUCUGCAUGCCGCAUACCCUCGGGUGAUCCCCACUAUGCCUACACCGGAAGAGCUAGACGCUGCCAUUGACGCCGCCAUCGCCGGCUACCAGGUCAAAGAAGACCUGAGCAAAGGCUACGACAAACCGAGUCAGAAGCAGCACAAGAACGCACCCGUGGCCGUAGCCCCGCAGAAAUCAAACACAGCAACGACCCCCGCCAUGCUCGCUCGCAAGAUCGAGUACUUCAGCGUCUCCGUGCCCACCCCCGAAAUCACCUCCACUCUCAAAUCCCUCUUCACCAACACGUCCCCAGAGACAGCCCGCCUGUACAACCAACUCCACAACUCCCGCCGUAUCCAGCCCGCCUUCCACGUCACGCUAAUCCACCGCGCCGCGUCCAAAGACCGCACCGAAAUUUGGGACCGCUACGUGAAGCAGUACGUCGACGUGUUGACCGCUAACCCGGUCAACGACCCCAUCGCCACUCCACCCAAACUCGGCCGCGCACGCGUUCGCCUCGAGCGACUCGUCUGGGAUAACCGGAUCAUGGCGUUCGUCGUGCGCAUCUUGCCUGCCGAAGGCGAGAACGAUGGUAUCGCGGACUCGGCGUUCCCGUGCGCGAAUGCGAUCCCGCACAUCACUGUUGGCACGGCUUCACCGGAUGUCAAGCCCAAGGAGAGUAAUGACUUGUUGCAGCGGUGGCAUCAGAUCGGGUCUGGUGGGGAGACGGGCAUUUUUGAGGCCGAAGUGCCCGGUGUGAAGCUUGUUGAGGGGAUGGUUGGGGUUGUUAUGAUGCGGGGGAAGUAUUGA